AUGGAGGAAACGCAUGAGAUUCCGCUUAGUUUCAAACAAGUCUCAAAUUCAAAUCAUUUAAAAUUCGACAUUAAACAACUAAGGAAACAAAGAAAAGAUGACUCGAAGGAGUUAUGGAUUAUUCGUGUUCCUAAUACGAUUGAAAAUUCAAAGCUGGAUGGUAUGACAUUUAAAAUGCCGCCACAAAAUUUCAAUAAAGUAAAACGCGUGGCUACUUUUGAUCAAGCUUAUGAAUACAACAAAAUAAGCGACGGAAGUGAUUCCAAAUCGCUUAAAACCGAUGAGUCAAUACAAGAAAACCAGGCAGAAAUGCAUAAACAUGUUUCAGAUUCUGCUAAAUAUGGAAUUUAUUGUCUCCCAAGUGAGAUAACACAAGAUGACUCGUCGUCAUCGUCAUCAGAUUCUGAUGACACCAUGGACAAUCUCUACGCAGCAUCAUUACGACCUAAAAAAGCAGAUGAAAUCGUACCUGUGGGUAGCAAGGAGUUACAUGAUAUAUCAUUAUUAUUACCUAGCCAGAAGAAGAAUGGAAACUUAGUCAUAGAACCAAUGCAAUUUGACCGACAUCUUACCGUCACAAGAUUAUACGAUGUUCCUGAUCCUACCGAGGCCGCUUUAAAAAUUCUUUCGGAACCAAAGAUACCGCUUGAACCGCCGGCAGGCCUGAAACUACAAUUCAAACCUUAUGGUUUUGAUACAGGUUUUCCUGAAAAUAAUACCGACAAAAAGAAAAGAAAAUUAAAUGAAUUCGAAUCAGGAUCAAACGCAUCUUCGUCUUCAAGAUCAAUACCACUACAAAGUCCAAUAGAAACUCCGAUCAAAAAAUUAAAAAAAGAUCGUCCAAAAACACCCAUUCAAAUACCAG